UUCCACCGUUCCCAAGUAACCCAACACAGAUGGGAAGCUCUUCUUCUUCGUCUCUCCUCCUCUUCCUCUUCGUCCUGCUCCUCUUCCCCUUCUCUGCACCCUCGCCGGCCCGGUCGGGCACCGUCGUCCCCCGCCUCCCUGGCUUCCGAGGUCCUCUCCCUUUCCACUUGGAGACGGGGUACGUGGAGGUGGACGAGGUGAACGGAGUGGAGUUCUUCUACUACUUCAUAGAGUCGGAAGGCAACCCCAGCGAGGACCCUCUGCUCCUCUGGCUCACUGGCGGCCCGAUGUGCUCCGCCUUCUGCGGUCUCGUCUUCGAAGUGGGUCCUCUAAAGUUUGUGUCUGCCAAAUACAAUGGAAGCUUGCCGAGCUUGGUAUAUCGUCCGUAUUCCUGGACUAAGGUCUCCAACAUGAUCUUUUUAGAUUCCCCAGUUGGCUCUGGAUUCUCAUUUUCAAAACAUGUUGAGAGCUAUUAUGAUGCUGGAGACAUCUCUUGGUCCCAACAUGUUUAUACCUUUCUCGUAAAGUGGCUUGUAGAUCACCCAAAGUUCCUCUCUAAUCCUCUUUACAUUGCUGGAGAUUCUUAUGCUGGGAAGAUUGUUCCAAUCGUCGCUCAAGAAGUAUUGAAUGGUAACUUGUACGAUUUAAGCUUGGGUCGGAGGGUUAGAGCUCCUGCAGUUCAAGCUUGCACGGUUUUUGUUAUCUUGAGUAUUGAAGCUGAAAAAAGACCACUACUUAAUCUCCAGGGUUACGUAAUUGGCAACCCAGUUACGGGUGAAAAAAUUGAUCUAAAUGCUCGAGUGCCAUUUGCUCAUGGUAUGGGGAUAAUUUCAGAUGAUUUCUUUAAGUUGAUACAGAGAAGUUGUGAUGGACAAGAUUAUCAAAGUCCCAUCGAUUCAGAGUGUGAAACGUGUUUUGAUACUUUUGAUGAAAUCCUGUCAGAAAUUAACAAGUAUAAUAUCUUGGAACCAAAAUGUGCUCCUGCGUCCCCAAAGCCAAAGACUAAAGGUAGAAGAGCACUUAAGGAGGAGUACCUGCAUCUACUUAAGCCACCGCCUACUCCUGCUCUGAAUUGUAGGAACUAUGCGCAUAUUCUUGCCUAUUAUUGGGCAAAUACUGAUAUUGUGAGGAAGGCUCUCCACAUCAAGAAGGGAACAGUAGGAGAAUGGCAGAGAUGCAACUAUGACUUACCAUAUACGAGGGACAUCAAGAGCAGCAUAAAGUAUCAUCUCAGUGUCACAAGCAGCGGUUAUCGGGCGUUGGUAUACAGUGGUGAUCAUGACAUGCUAAUACCAUUUGUGGGGACAAAUCAUUGGACAAGAUCUCUCAACUUCUCCGUCAUUGACAACUGGAGAUCUUGGCAUGUCGAUGGCCAAGUUGCAGGGUAUGCAACGACAUAUUCCAACAACCUGACAUUUGUGACAGUGAAGGGUGCUGGUCACACAGCUGUAGAGUAUAAGAACAAGGAGUGUUUGGCUAUGAUUCUAAGAUGGCUUUCUCAUAAACCUCUAUGAAACCCUGGUGACCUUUAAAUCACUGUUGCAUCAUGGCAGUUGCAUAUUAGAAGCGGCUCAGGACAACCUACUUGCAUUCUUUCAUUGCGACUCAACCAACAUGAACUCUUCCGAUGCACUGGGAUAUGUGAAAUAAAUCCAAGUCCCUCAAACAGUUUGGGUGUUGCAUUCCAUAUUUAUGCAAAUCAUAUAUUUAAGCAUUAACAUUGUAAUGUAUUACAUUUUGUUGGAAUGAACAUGAUAUAGGAUGGUUGGAGUUUGUGGAAAAA